AGUCACGUUGUAACAAUGACGACUACUUCAGCUGACAGUUGGCCUUGCUCCUCCUAUGGAAUGUACUUUAUAGCUAAUUACAGCGACCAAGCCUCACAAAAUUUCUCAAGAGUGCCAAACGUUACUAGCUGUCCGAUGGAUGAAAAAUUACUAUCUACGGUGUUAACAACGUUCUACUCUGUUAUUUUCAUCGUGGGACUGGUUGGGAACAUCAUUGCCCUCUAUGUAUUUCUGGGCAUCCACCGCAAAAGAAAUUCCAUUCAAAUUUAUCUACUUAACGUGGCCAUUGCAGACCUUCUACUCAUCUUCUGCCUCCCUUUCCGCAUAAUGUAUCACAUCAACCAAAAUAAGUGGACACUAGGUGUGAUCCUUUGCAAAGUUGUGGGGACACUAUUUUACAUGAACAUGUACAUUAGCAUUAUUUUGCUUGGGUUUAUCAGUUUGGAUCGCUAUGUAAAAAUUAAUCGGUCUAUACAACAAAGAAGGGCAAUAACCACCAAGCAAAGUAUUUAUGUUUGCUGUAUAGUAUGGACAGUUGCUCUUGCCGGAUUUUUAACUAUGAUCAUUUUGACACUGAAGAAGGGAGGGCACAAUUCCACAAUGUGUUUCCAUUACAGAGACAGACACAAUGCAAAGGGAGAAGCAAUUUUUAACUAUGUUCUUGUGGUAAUGUUCUGGCUUAUUUUCCUACUGAUAAUCCUCUCAUAUAUUAAGAUCGGCAAAAAUCUACUGAGAAUUUCUAAAAGGAGGUCAAAAUUUCCGAAUUCUGGCAAAUAUGCUACAACAGCCCGGAACUCCUUUAUCGUACUGCUCAUUUUUACUAUAUGUUUUGUGCCUUAUCACGCCUUCCGAUUUGUCUACAUUUCUUCACAGCUCCAUGUGUCUUCUUGUUACUGGAAGGAAAUCGUUCACAAAACCAAUGAGAUCAUGUUGGUGCUUUCAUCUUUCAACAGCUGCUUAGACCCAGUCAUGUAUUUCCUGAUGUCCAGUAAUAUUCGCAAAAUCAUGUGCCAACUUCUUUUUAGACGAUUUCAAAGUGAAGCAAGCAGAAGUGAAAGCACUUCAGAAUUUAAGCCAGGAUAUUCCCUGCACGAUCUAUCUGCCGCCGCCAAAACGCAGUACAGUACUAAGGGUAAUUGAGGCAAAUGUGCUAAAACGAAAUGGCAUAAGCCAGCUUCUUUAUUCCUUGAGAUUGGGAAAACUAUUGAAAAAAAUCUCUAGUAUGUCCAGAACUUUCAUCUUUAGAAGUGAUCUUUUACUUGCUUAAUUGUAAACUAGUUCAAGCCAAAAGCUUACAUUUAUCCUUAGAUUUUCUAAAUAUAUGUAGAAUCUUCUCAGAAUUUACUGUUAAGCUAACAUUUUAACAAUGGUUAAAAAGUUAAGGGAAAUUCAUGGAUUUAACAGCAAAAUGA